AUGUAUCAGCGUCUAAAAAGCCAAGCGACUAUGUCUUGUCAUUUCUGCGAAACAAUGGGCCCAAUGAAGCGACAUCAUCUUCUACCAGCUUCAGUGCUUCAACCUAUCCUGGCUGUAGAUCCCACUGCUUUCCCGACUGGAAUGGCGAAGAAAGCGCCUUUUCAACACAUCGCCAAUGCUGCGAAUCUCGGCUGCAGGUUUUGCAGUAUAGUGAGAGACGGUAUUCUUUCUUUUGCAGACGGCGAGGAAGUGGAGACAGUCGCGCUCGCUCAGAAUAUGGAAUCUAGAUCUGGAAACGACAUGAAAAAGUUGGGUCACCUGUAUCCCCUCAGCGUGAAAUUUCAAACUCUUAACAGAAGCACUGAGCUCAUUUUUUACACCAACGAUGGAUUCGUCACGAAGCUGAUGCCUCAUUUCACAACUGCAGCACAUGUCUCAGCGGAUCCAUCCUCACCAGAGUGUUUCCUCAAAGCUCGCGAGUGGUUGAACUGCUGCUUGCAGAAUCAUGGCUCUCUUCAAUGUCCUUCGGUGGAGAGGGCGACUCUCCCAACGCGGGUCAUCUGUGUUGGUGAUGAAGUCAACCAGCCUUAUCUCUAUGAGUCGAAGCCGGGUGAGGAGGGUGUCUGGGCUGCCCUCAGCUAUUGCUGGGGCAAGACAAAGGUUGUGACGACUACAAUGGCGUCGCUUCCCAGACAUAAGUCUGGCAUCGUUUUAGAGGAUCUCCCCAAAACCUGCAGAGAUGCGGUACUGGCCGCACGUGCGCUUUCCAUACCCUAUCUCUGGAUAGAUGCUCUGUGCAUCGUGCAGGACUCGUCAAGCGACUGGCAAAGAGAGGCUGCUCGUAUGUGCUACGUAUACGAGAACGCCAACGUUACGCUCGCAGCUCCACAGUCUGCAAGCAGUGAGAUCGGGCUGUUUCUCGCGAAUCCGAAUCGUGGUACGACCAGAGUCAAGAUCGAUAUAGACGGACGAAUUGGUACUGUCUAUGUGAGAAAAGAUCUUUCUCUUCCCAUGUUUCCGAUGCACAGACAUCGUGGCGAUCCUUUCAACACUGUCACAAAUAACACGGGGAUCCUCGAAACGCGAGCCUGGACAUUGCAGGAGCUUCUUCUGUCUCCACGGACGCUAUGGUUCGGCUCAGCCGAGCUCGGUUGGUCGUGUCGCUCGAGCACAGCUUGUGAGUGCGAACCUGAGCAAACGUCGGAACAUAUGCAGAACGAUGAGGAAUUCGGUGCCCACCAGACGCUCAGAGUAUCGUCAUUGCCUCUACCAAAACACGCCAAGGCCAUUGAUUGGACGAAGACUUGGCACGAGCUGGUGCAAAAGUUCACGAUUCGCGACCUCACAGUAUCAACAGACCGUUUGCCCGCCAUAGCUGGUCUAGCAUGUGCUUUAAAAACCCAUAUUCAGAGCGAAUACCUUGCUGGCUUGUGGAGGUCUGCUCUUGAUACCCAGCUUCUGUGGGUUAGCUUGUGGCUGGCCCUGAACCACUCCAACGGGCCCCCUCCACCCUUUGAGGAUGAUUAUGCGCCUUCCUGGACCUGGACUUCUGUUCCAGGGCAGAUUCGCUUCCUGGAAAGGCUCGGGCAUCGUAUCUCAACACCAAUCUGGCAGAUUGCUGAUGUCCAAUUUCGUCGUCUCGAUGACAAUGAAUUUGGACGGGGCAAAGGCUCCAUCGCAAUAGAGAGCUAUCUGCUCAAGUUGCAUUGGGACAACGACCAGCUAGUGUGGGCCUCGCUACCGGACGGAGAUGGGUGCGUUGAAGAAUCCACGUUCGCCGGCAAAGACGAUGUUUUGUGGGACCCAAGAUCACAAACACAGAAUCGGAGCGAUUUAAUGCAUGAGCCCCUAUGGUUCCUUCCCGGACACCUCUCCAGGAAUCAGAAGCAAUGCCACGGUCUUGUUCUUGAAGGUCCCUCCGAUCAGAGCGCGUUCGUACGGCUGGGCUAUGCAGAGGCCAAGUUCGAUUCUUCAGGUGCACGUUGUUGGGAUGUCUGGAAACGAAGGUCCACAUGGAAAGCUGUGGAACUGAUGUGA